GUUCCUUCGCUCCGCGCUCCCCCCUCCUUCCUUCCUCCCCCCCCUCCUCUCUGCGCGCGGAUCCCUCCGCGCCGCGCUCCGCUCCCUCCGCCCCGCACUGUUUGGGAGCAACCGCGGCCGAGAGCGAGAGAGGGGAGAGAGAGACAGAGGCACGGAGACACAGAGCAGCGCUCCCGCUCGGCGCUCCCGCAGCGCAGGCCCCGGCCCUCGGCCCUCAGCCAUGUCCCUCAAGCAGACGGCGGCCGCCUCGCAGCCCGCCGGCAACAACCGCAAACCCCCCGGCGGCGGUGGAAGUGGAGGAGGAGGAGGCGGCGGCCUGCCGUCAGCAUCGGGUGGCGGGAGGCAGAACAUGGGCAGAGGUCGCAGCAGUGGCAAAGGACCGCCUCAGCCCACAAUUUCUUUCGAUGGCAUCUAUGCAAACAUGAGAAUGGUUCACAUACUUACAUCAGUUGUUGGAUCCAAAUGUGAAGUACAGGUGAAAAAUGGUGGUAUAUAUGAAGGAGUUUUUAAAACCUACAGUCCUAAGUGUGAUUUAGUGCUUGAUGCUGCUCAUCGGAAAACUGCAGAAUCCAGUUUGGGGCCAAAACGUGAAGACAUACUAGAAAGUAUUUUAUUCAAGUCUUCAGAUUUUGUUAUGGUGCAUUUUAAGGAUAUGGAUACCAAUUACGCAAGAAGAGAUGCUUUUACUGAUUCAGCCAUCAGUGCUAAAGUAAAUGGUGAGCACAAAGAAAAGGAUCUUGAGCCGUGGGAUGGAGGAGAGACCAGCGCUAACGAGGAGCUUGAGGCACUGGAGACAGAUGUUUCCAAUGGAUGGGAUCCCAAUGACAUGUUUCGUUACAAUGAAGAAAAUUAUGGUGUAAUAUCAACAUAUGACAGCAGUUUAUCUUCUUACACGGUGCCAUUAGAAAGAGAUAAUUCAGAAGAGUUUUUGAAACGGGAAGCCAGAGCAACUCAAUUAGCAGAGGAAAUUGAAUCAAGUGCCCAAUACAAAGCUCGGGUUGCCUUGGAAAAUGAUGAAAGAACAGAAGAAGAAAAAUAUACUGCUGUUCAGAGAAAUGCUAAUGAGCGAGAAGGUCAUGGCGUGAACACUAGGGAAAGUAAGUACGUUCCACCUGGCGGGAGAAACAGGGAUGUUCUUUCUUGGGGAAGUGGAAGACAAAAUUCACCAAGGAUGGGCCAGUCUGGAUCAGGCCCACCAAUUUCAAGGUCUGGAUCCCACACUUCAGAUUUCAGUCCUAACUCUGGAGCAGAUCAAAGAGUAGUUAACGGAGGUGUUCCCUGGCCAUCGCCUUGCCCAUCUCCUUCCUCUCGCCCACCUUCUCGCUACCAGUCAGGUCCCAACUCUCUUCCACCUCGGGCAGCCACCCCUACACGGCCGCCCUCCAGGCCCCCCUCGCGGCCCUCCAGGCCCCCGUCUCACCCCUCUGCUCAUGGUUCUCCAGCUCCUGUCUCUACUAUGCCUAAACGCAUGUCUUCAGAAGGGCCUCCACGGAUGUCUCCUAAGGCACAACGGCACCCUCGAGGUCACAGAGUCUCUACUGGUAGGGGUACAAUUUCAAGUGGCUUAGAAUUUGUAUCUCAUAAUGCACCAGGGGAAGCAUCUACUACUGCAGUGGCACGAGGCAGCCCUUCAGGUGGGACGUGGUCAUCAGUUGUCAGUGGGGUUCCAAGAUUAUCCCCUAAAACACACAGGCCUAGGUCCCCAAGGCAGAGCAGCACUCCUGCAGGACCAGCUCUGCCUUCUCCUCAGCCUGGUACUAUUCCCACUGAAUCUGUUGCCAUGCCUGUUCCAGCUGCCUCUCCGACACCUGCCAGUCCUGCAUCCAACAGAGCAGUUACCCCUUCCAAUGAAGCUAAAGAUACCAGGCUUCAGGACCAGAGGCAAAAUUCUGCAGCUGGAAACAAGGAGAAUAUAAAGCCAAGUGAGACUUCUCCUAGUUUUCCUAAACCUGAAAGCAAAGGUGUAUCUCCAAUUGUUUCUGAACAUAGAAAACAGAUUGAUGAUUUAAAGAAAUUUAAGAAUGACUUUAGGUUACAGUCAAGUUCCUCUUCAGAUGCAGUGGAUCAGCUGCUAAACAAAACCCGAGAAGGUGAAAAAUCAAGAGAUGUAGUUAAAGAAAAGACAGAACCAGCCCCUAAAGAACCUAUCAUAGAAACUGGCAGUAAUACUAACUCUAAUGGUGGUAGUAGCAAACCCAAUAGUCCUAGUAUUUCUCCAUCAAUAAGUAAUAGUUCUGAGCAAAAGCGAGGGCCGGAGGUAACUUCACAAGGUGUACAGACAUCUGGUCCAGGAAGCAAACAAGAUAAAGAGGAUAAAGAGGAGAAGAAGGAUACUUCUGAGCAAGUUAGAAAAUCAACACUGAAUCCUAAUGCAAAAGAAUUCAACCCUCGAUCUUUUGCUCAGCCGAAGCCUUCUACUACACCAACCUCCCCUCGCCCACAAGCUCAACCAAGCCCUUCCAUGGUGGGCCAUCAGCAGCCAACUCCAGUGUACACUCAGCCUGUUUGUUUUGCACCAAAUAUGAUGUACCCGGUUCCAGUGAGUCCAGGCGUGCAGCCUUUGUAUCCUAUACCCAUGACGCCCAUGCCAGUGAACCAAGCCAAGACAUAUAGAGCAGGUAAAGUACCAAAUAUGCCACAGCAGCGGCAAGACCAACAUCAUCAGAGCACCAUGAUGCACCCUGCCUCAGCAGCAGGCCCUCCAAUUGUAGCUACACCGCCUGCUUAUUCAACACAGUAUGUUGCAUAUAGUCCCCAGCAGUUUCCUAAUCAGCCUCUUGUGCAGCAUGUGCCACACUACCAGUCGCAGCAUCCUCAUGUUUAUAGCCCUGUAAUACAGGGCAACGCUAGAAUGAUGGCACCACCAACUCAUGCACAGCCUGGUUUAGUAUCUUCUUCUGCAACACAGUAUGGUGCGCAUGAACAGACGCAUGCUAUGUAUGCAUGUCCCAAAAUACCAUACAGCAAGGAGACAGGCCCUUCUUUCUACUUUGCCAUUUCCACUGGCUCACUUGCUCAGCAGUAUGCCCACCCUAAUGCUACCCUGCAUCCGCACCCUCCGCAUCCUCAGCCUUCGGCUACGCCAACUGGCCAGCAGCAAAGCCAACAUGCUGGAAGCCACCCUGCUCCUAGCCCCGUGCAGCAUCAUCAGCACCAGGCUGCUCAGGCACUCCACCUGGCAAACCCACAACAGCAGUCGGCAAUUUACCACGCAGGUCUAGCUCCAACCCCACCUUCCAUGACGCCAGGCUCCAAUACGCAGUCUCCACAAAAUAGUUUUCCUACAGCACAACAAACAGUCUUCACCAUUCAUCCCUCCCAUGUUCAACCUGCAUAUACCAAUCCGCCACACAUGGCCCAUGUCCCCCAGGCUCAUGUACAGUCAGGAAUGGUUCCUUCUCACCCAACUGCCCAUGCUCCAAUGAUGCUAAUGACGACACAGCCACCUGGUGGUCCCCAAGCCGCCAUCGCUCAAAGUGCACUACAGCCCAUUCCAGUCUCGACAACAACACAUUUCCCCUAUAUGACGCACCCUUCAGGUGAGGAGUGUGUGCCCGGGAGACCUGCACCGUAACUGAGCCAGGUCACAGUAGCGAGGAGAACUGUUACGAACCAGAUCUGGGGAAAAGAAUAACAAAAAAAAUAAAAAAAACCAUCAGAAAACAAAUGGAAGAUGUCCUUUUUAGAUGGCGGGCUGCUGAUGGCAAACUGUUUGUGCAUUUAGCGUUUGUACGUUGCCAGCCCAAAUACAAGCCUAGCUAAGCAUGCCAGAUUUAGCUAAUGUAGCAAAGACCUUGUUUCUGUGUAGCUGAAGUACAGAGGUGGAUAACUGUGCAGACACUGACGCGGUGGGGCUGUGUUCUUCCAGGUAUUGCCGUGGUUUUGCUGUGGGGAAUGGACUGUCUGCGUAGCCUGCUCAUAAUGAUCCGGGGGGUUGUUAAAUUUAAAGCGAUCGGUCCCAAGGACAGGAGUGACAGUGUUGCCUGGGGGUAGUGCUGUUAGACUUCUACUGACCGAAGUAAAGUGACAAUUGAAGUCUAUUCUUUAAUUCAGAGUAAUAUUCUGCAGCUUUACUUUUGGGGAAAAGUAGGUGCUAUAUGACUUCUUUCCACUUUAAAGUUACUUAGAUGUCUAUCGUUAUUUGUUUCCAAACAGCCUCUGAUGUUAUGUCUUGGGGAAUGUGUGAGCAGAACAAGCUGCUUUGUGAGGGUUUAGGGAGGAGAGAAACAUCCAAAGGACAUCUCGAUAUGCAGGGUAUUGUUUUGUUCUUUAAAAGGAAAAGGGAAAGAAAAAGAAAGUUGAGCUCAGUAGUUGUCCUGUGACCACUUUACUAGCAAACUGUUGUGUGGCUUGCCAAUCUAUUAUUUACAUUUGAACUUUUUUUUUACAGUACAAGCCCACCACCAACAGCAGUUGUAAGGCUCAUCUGGAAUAACUGAAAGGCUGGAUACCUUUUGUAGGCCAAAUACCCUCCUUCUACUGCUUCUGCCAACUGGAAGCACAGAAAACUAGAAUUUCAUUUUAUUUUGUUUAAAAAAAAAAAAAAAAAAUUGAUUUCUUGUAACAUCCACUAGGAAUGCUAACAGUUCAUCUUGCAGUGGGAGAGAUUCGGACUGAGUAGAGGCAUUUAGGAACUUGUGGGCUAUUCCAUAAUUCCAUGCACUGUAUCUGAGUCCUGCAAGUGCCCCAACUCUGCUUGCUGAAAACUGGAAGUUAUUUAUUUUUUAAUGACCCUUCAAAGUUAUGAACUCAUCAGCUAGCAAAAGAAGUAACAAGAGUGAUUCUUGCUGCUAUUAUCACUAAAAAUCAAGACUUGGAGAUCCCUUUUACUUCUAACUAAACUUGAAACAGGUUCAGUAAAAAAAAAAAAAUUCUAAUCGUCAAACUGAUGAAUUAUUAUUUAUAAAUCACGUUUGAUGAGAUGAUCACUAUCGUGAGACAGUGAUGUAACUUUUAAGUUAAGAAAACUUUUACUUUGUAGAUAAUAUAAAAUAAAAACUAAAAAAAAAAUUAAAAAAUAAAAAAAGUUUUAAAAACUGACCUACGUAUUGUUUGUGUUUUGCUUUACCAGUAUCUCUCUUUAAUAUCUUCUCCAGCCUCAGACCUAUGGAACUCCGUCAGGUGUAUGUGACUUGCAGGGCCACUGCAGAUACAAGUCGGAGGGUUCAGAACAGAAGUGUGAGUGCAGGUUUUAAAAGAAUUUCCUCUGUUCGGGUCCGUUCCCUAACGCCUCAGCCUCGUGCUGCUCUGUUGCUGUGCAGAAGAUGUCACAAAUGCAUGAAAUUAAUGUAAGUAAAUGCAGGUGGGCAGCAGGGGGCAUGCGACCAUCAAAAGUCAUGAUGGAGAUUUGCUCCUGCUGGCAGGGAGCUUCCAUUUCUGAGGGAGGGUUUGUGAGUUCGAGCAGCUCCUGGUCUGCUCAUAUAGCAGCACCAUAGAGAAUGAGGUGAAAUACUAAAAGUGAGAAACGAGUUCUAAAAACAGUUUAUUAAGAGCAGGUUUUUUUUAUAUUAUGGUAAAAUUGCAUUAUUCAAGAAUAAGUUACUUGUACAGUACAUACAGAAACAAUAUAUAGAAAACCUACUAUACAAGAAGAACUCUUCUGUGCAGGUGAAAAGUAGAACUUCCAAAUCACUAAACUCAUCCAACAGAACCUGUUGGCUUUAGUCACCCUAGAGGCUGGGUGGGAGGGCAUGCAGUGGCUGCUGGUGCAGGCUGUGCCCUGGUGAGAGCCAGCAAGCUCACCUUGAAGUUUGGAAUGCUGUGUUCAGACACUUGGAGGCUUUAUAUGCUUGGUCGUGUGACAGCAGUGUUGUGUGGUCCGGAGGUGAAGGAACAAAAAGCCCCUUCCUGGCUCCUUCCCAGCACAGCCGGUGCUGUUCCAGCUCACAGGGAUUCCCUCUGCUUUGGCUCCACCUGGACCUGGAGCUCUUCCCCAACGCUUUGCUAUGGGAUAGUUGUGCUUCAGCACCAGGUGGUGGUAGCAGUGUUGGGAACCUGCCUGGGGUGCAUUGGGGCAGGGAGGGAUGAGAUAACUAAAAAUGUUAAUUAUUGCUUUGUGUCAGGCACUGUCAGAACCAGGUCUCUGCAGUCCUAGCUGGAGAGUAAAGGCACUGCUCCUUCCCUUAGCAUCCUUACUGCCAAAAGCAGUGUCCUGGGAGUGCCUUUCCUACCCUGUAAUAGAGUAUCUUCACCACUGCAUUAACCUUGCAGGGGAGCAUGGUCUGAUGAACUCAAUGUAGGUUUAUCUAACCAAACCCAGUGGUUCCCCUUUGAACUAUGCCAAAUCCCGUGCAGUAGAAGGGCAGGCUAGGAACACUGUGUGUGUGGCUGCAAUCCCUUUUCCCAUCCCUUUGCUGCCUCUGUAGGGGAGCUGGGGUGAGACCCUCUCAUCCUUUGGGGAAAAAAUCAUUCAGAUCUGGCUGCCUGGGGCACUUGCAGCAUGUGCAAGUGUUCCAUGGGCUUGCAGAGCUUUGCUGUGCGGCUUCUCCCCAAACACAACAAUCUGGGACCAUGCACCAAGGAGGCAUCGGCCUUUAAAGCCCCAAAUUCAGGCUGCAUUGUUCCUGAUUUGCUGCUUUCUGGUGCAGGGGGACCAUGCUGCUGCCUGCAGCCUUGGUGCAGCUCUGGGAAGGAAGAGAGCACAGGGGCUGCUCUGUUCCCCUGCAGCCUCCCUGUGUUUGGCAGCCCAGGAGGUGACAAUGUGCAUCAUUUUCUCUGAAAUGCUCCAGUUUGGAGUCUGGCUGCAAUGGGGCAGGUACUGGGGGUGCUGGUAACAGGAGUUAGGCAGAAAAGGCUUUGCAUGCUUCGGAUGCAUAAAGUGGAGAAUGGGAGCAGAGCAGGAGAUGGAAGGCACAAAACUCCAUGUGAGUUUUCAAGGGGAUGCAGCCACUUUCUCCUGUGCUUAUGCAUGGCGGUCACUGAUCACAGCAGAGCUGUGCAGUUGGCUGUGGGCUGUGCAGGGCCAGUGGUGCACACAGUGCAUUCUCAGGCCCUUGCAAAAGCUUUGAGGCUCUGUAUUGUUGGCUUUCAAAUGAAAUCCUAAAUUAAUGCUCUUAUGGCUCUAUUUUUAAUAGGGGGGGAAGAAAAGAUUCUCUUUAAUUUGAGUUUGAGAAUAAUGUUGCAUUAGGAACCCUUGGGAUUGAGCUGUCAGCAUCCCUGUGCAUUGCAGGGGAGUGGGACCAGGUACUAUUUGGGGGUCCCUUCCAACUCAAUUUAUUCUGUGGUCACAUAAAUGGGAGCUGAGCGCUGCCAAUGUGCCCUGAAUGUGGCAACGGCCCCAGCUCCCUCCUUUCUCCUGAUAGAGCAGCUGAUCCUCUCUCUAGGCACCAGCAGGUAAAUGGGGCUCCAUGCUUUGAGGGGACACAUGGAGGCAGGUUAAAGUGUUGUAUGGGUAUUACAGCUGCAGAAACGCCAAACCUUCCUCUUCCUCUCAUAAGGCACGUUGGGUGUGCGGGCUCAGAGUGGCUGUGUGCUCCCUCUGCCCGUUACUGCAUAGCGUGGAACACCGCCAUCCCCUUACGUGUUGUUUAGCAGGGAGGAAAA